GUCAGAGCUGCCUCGUUUGGAAACGAUUUCAAGAAGGAAACGCAAGUGGAGCCCUGCUCAUCGCCGACAUUUCUUCUGUGGAAUUUAAAACGUUUUUCUCGGCCUGGGCUGAAGCCGCGUUCAGAAUGAAUACGAUGUGAAGGUGGUGGUUGUUUUUGUUUGACUUGUUAAUAAAUCCAGAGGAAGACGUAUUUAAAUCUUGAAUGAUUUCUUUUGGCUGCGGAUCCCCGAGCAAAGAUCGUUUUGGGGCGGCAGCAGAGAGAGGCCGAAGGGAAACACGGCAACGACCAUAUUUGCAAUCCCGCUCAGCAUGAACCUCAUCGGGGGUUACCAGCAUCACCACCACCUGAUGCACGAACCCUUCCCUUUCGUCCAGCGGUGUCAUCAGGAUGCACCGUACUUCCAGAGCUGGGUGGUGAACCACGGCGAAGUGCCCCCUGAUUUCCAGAUUCAGGCGCCCUACCCAGCUGCGGAGCUGGGAGCGCCCGGAACGACGCACGAUGCCCGGCUGGAAGGGCUCCAGGCCGGGAUGGGAAAGAGGAGAGCGUCGGGGCCGAAGAAGGAACGCCGGAGGACGGAAAGCAUCAACACAGCUUUCGCCGAACUCAGGGAGUGCAUCCCCAACGUGCCGGCGGACACAAAACUGUCAAAAAUCAAAACUUUACGCCUGGCGACCAGUUACAUCGCUUAUCUGAUGGACGUCCUGGCCAAAGACUCCGGGGAGACGGAGGGCUUUAAGGCCGAAAUUAAGAAAUUUGAAAACCGGGAUUUGAAACGAAAACGGGAGCUGACCGACGGCCUGCCGGAGUCCUUAGGAGCCGAGAAGAAGGUGAAAGGCCGGACUGGGUGGCCGCAGCAGGUCUGGGCUCUGGAGCUGAACCAGUGACCUCCACUUCUCAACCCGAAAAAAACUCCUCAGAGACUCUGGAUUCAAAUCAGAUUUAAAAUAAAACAAACCACUGAGUGAACCUAAGCACGUCGCUGUGGCCGUGCGGCGAUGCGCAAAAAAGAGCGAACUAAAGGACAACACGGGCAUAAAAGGUGGAGGGACGGUGGAGAGCUCCAGGAGAGACGUCUUCUUCUCUCGUGCUGUGGUUUCUAAGCCGAUUCACAGAUCCGAUUGUAGGUGUUUGAUAUUUGUGGUAUUUCUGCUUUGUUGAUGUUUUCCACCCCUGCGGACCAGAUGUCGCGAUGGAAGGUGUCAAAAACACAUCUGUCUCCCCUUAAAUGUGUGUUUACCUGACGUUGUCUUCCCAGUUAAAGGAAAUGAAGCAAAAAAUAAAUAAAUUAUAAGAAGGUGGAAGAAGUCUUCAGUAUGAAGCCAUUUAAAUUUAGAUAUGUUUUUUUCAGAUCAGAAACACCGGUUUAUUUCUCAGUGUUAAUAAUUUAUAGAGUUUUGUUAAACCAGGAAGCAGUUAUAAAUUUCAGUUUUGUGCGUGUUGGCGUAUUUUUUCUUCCUUUUUUCUUAAAAAAUUAAUAUUUCAUUUCUUACCCUAAACUUACUGUACUUAAUUUACUUAAUGCUGACACAAAAACGUGUACAAAAUAGGAAUAAUUUACAUGUCAAAAAUAAAAUUAAAAUGUUAACUUUUAAAUCAUGGAUCGAGUAAGUACUAAAAAAACCGGACGAUUUUUAUAGAUGUCUGGCUUCUAAAGAUACAAUCAAAUAAACGGAAGCCGGAAGAAACACAUCAUGAAAGGGGGGACACGUUUUUGUUUAUCACUGUUCCAUCCCGCUGUAUUAUUUCAUUUUCAGGUAUUUUCGUCCACAGUAGGUUUUCCCAGCUCAAUUAUCUCCCAACAGACCCUCUGUGUGUGUGCGCGUGAACUCUCCGGGCUGUUGUUUCGCGUAGGAAUCGUAUUGAAUUUACUGAAUCUACCUCAAAUACUCUACACGAUGUCACUGUCCGCUGGGAGAAGACACCGACUGUUCAGUUACCGCAACUUUAUUCACUCCGUCAUGUAAAACUUAAAAAACAAAACAAAAUCAAAAGACCCAAUAGGAUAAAAGUUUAUUAAUGUGCGCAGUGGUGAUGGAAAUGUGCAUUAGAUGUGAAAUUAUAUAUAUAUAGUUCCGUAAAUAAAUGAUUAUUUUAAGACA